AUGACACCGCUUAAAUACAAAGAUACUGGUUGUCCCACCAUUUCCUGUCAACUAGGGGAACAGGAUUUUGGGCAAGCCUUUCUCGACUUAGGUGCAAGUGUAAAUCUCAUGCCUUAUUCCAUAUACUUGCAACUAGGCCUAGGAGAACUUAAGCCCACAUCUGUGGUGCUACAACUGGCCGAUCGAUCAGUUAAGAAACCUCGGGGAAUAGUUGAAGAUGUCUUGAUUCAAAUUGAUAAAUUCUAUUACCCCGUGGAUUUUCUCAUCUUGGACACUCAAUCGGAAGUCAACUUAGAGUCCAAAAUUCCUAUCAUUCUCGGACGACCAUUCCUCGCAACAGCAAAUGCACUCAUCAAUUGUAGGAAUGGUCUCAUGAAAAUCUCUUUUGGGAACAUGACUCUAGAGGUGAAUGUUUUCAACAUUGGUAAACAACCACCUGAUAACGAUGAGUGUUUCCAAUCAUUUCUGAUCGAUACACUUAUUUUAGAAGAGGUAGAAGCACAAUACACUUCCACUCAUCUGAACGACCUCUUCAAAAUUUCUGAGAGUUCUGAGUCGGGUAAUACUAAAUUCAACCCUGAAGUCAUCAAUCAAUUACCGACCAAAAGAACCAUGUUUUGGAAUCCAAUCUUCGAGGGACUUCCUCAAGAUAGAGAAAUACCAAAACCAUCCAUUGUACAAGCUCGUCAACCAAACUUGGCUCAACUUCCAAAGGAACUUAAGCACGUCUUCUUGGGAGCAAACAACACUUUCCCUGUCAUCAUAUCCUCCACCCUUAAUGCAACUCAAGAGCAACAACUUAUCAACGUGCUUAUAGAGCAAAGAGGAGCAAUUGGUUGGACGUUAGCUGACAUUAAAGGGAUUAGUCCUUUGAUUUUCUCCCAUCACAUUAAAUUGGAAGACGGGGCUAAACCACGACGAGAUCCUUAA